AGGAUAACACCUGCCAAAGCUUGGUACCUGCAUCACUUGUGAUAAUCACACAGAGAGAAGGACUUUUUUUUUUUUUAAAUUUCUUAGUCUCUCUCCCUGGGUCUGUGUGUGCAGCAGCAGCAGUAGCAGCAGCAGAAGCAGCAGCAGCAGCAGCCACCACUGCCGCGCUGUUAGCUUUCCAGAGGAGGGCUAGGGCGAAUGCAGUCAGUGCUGCAUUCAGAAGCAGUGGCGGGGGAACAGUGAUGUGUGAAGUUGCCAGCCCACAGCGCACCAAGAGCCUUCUGCUACUCAGUUGUUGAUGUGGCAGGGUGGUGGUGUCUCCUCCCGAGCAGAGGCGCGGAUGGGCUCCCCAUCUUGCCCUCCUGGAGCAAGGGAGGAGAAAGGAGCUGCUAGUGGGAGUCGGCAAUAGGAGCCAAAGGCAGUUUGGGGCCAGCAGCUAAGUUGUGAAAUUGAAUUGGAUGCUGCCUCCGAGCACGAUCGAAUCGACAAGAACAGAUACCCUUGCAGACUAACAGCAUGCCUGAUUGCACUUGAGGGGAAUCACUGGGGAGCAAGCUUCUUGCUUGGUACUAGCCUUUGUCGCUAAGUAAAGACAAGGAGAAACAAGAGCAGGGUUGUGAGUGAUUCCCCUGCAAAGGAGAGAGGAGGGGAUACUCUCUUCUGGUAUAUACCUUUUUUUUUUUGAACAGAAGAAUCUCUCAGACACUACAUCAAGCCAUGGAAAGAAGAGAAAGAAUAAUGUGGCUUCCCUUCAAAAUAAAUUGUCUUUUAUGAAUGGAACUUUGCCCUUCUUCAUCCAAGGACAAGAAACUUGCAGUACUUACCAUCUCAACUAUCUUCAAGUGACUGAUAAAACACAGUAAUGCUUGGGUUGGAGUUUCAUAUUUCCAUCUGGGUAUAUCAUUCGGUUUUUACAAACAUGAAGGAACAUGUAGAUUACCCUCCAUGGUGUCUGACCUUUUUAAGAGCCUGAUCUUACCUUAUCUCCAUAAGCUUUGUAAAGGAAUGUUUACAAAGAAAUUGGGAAAUCCUAUAAAAAAGAAAGAAAGUUGCCCUAGCAAAAAAGAGCAAGACGCUCUCCUCUCUGGCCAGACCAAACCCCCUAAAUUUUCUAGCACUUUGAAGAGCACUGUUAAAAAAAUUGCCAAGUGUUCAUCUGCUCGCAACUUGUCCACAGAAGACGACGAAGUCAAUAGAGAAUAUUCCCUCUCUCCCACAUUCAGUUAUCGUGUCGCGAUUGCUAACGGACUGCAAAAGAAUAUUCUUGUGACAAACACCAGUAAUGAGGAUCUGGUUCAAGAGCUAUCAUCCAUUGAGAGCUCCUACUCAGAAUCAUUAAGCGAGAUCAAGGGCAGCAUUGAAAUCAAGGAGCACUCUUCAUACACGAUGCCAGUGAGACGCAAUAGAAAGAGUUUGAGCAGCCUUGCUCCUUCUGAGGGAAGUUCAGAUGGGGAGCGCACAUUACAUAGCCUGAAACUAGGAGCUUUACGCAAAUUGAGGAAGUGGAAAAAGAGCCAAGAAUUUGUCUCCUCUGAUUCAGAGUUGAGCACAAUGAAAAAAACAUGGGGACUUCGAAGCAAAUCAUUAGACAGAACUGCCCGUCCCCAGAAAACAAAUACUCUCGAGCCUGGCUUUAGUUCAUCGGGCUGCAUUAGCCAAACCCAUGAUGUUAUGGAAAUGAUAUUUAAGGAACUUCAGGGAAUCAGCCAAAUUGAAACAGAACUUUCUGAAUUAAGAGGCCACGUCAACGCGCUCAAACACUCCAUUGAUGAGAUCUCUAGCAGCGUAGAGGUUGUUCAGAGUGAAAUAGAACAGCUACGUACUGGCUUUGUCCAGUCUCGAAGGGAAACCAGAGACAUUCAUGAUUAUAUUAAACAAAUUAGUCAUACUGGAAGCAAAGCAAGUCUGAGAUUUUUAAAUGUGCCCGAAGACAGAUUUGAAUAUGUCGACAAUGUCGUAUACCGGAUUCUCAUAGAUAAAAUGGGGUUUUCAGACGCACCCCUUGCUAUAAAAAUUGAAUUUGCUCAAAGAAUAGGGCAGCAAAGGGACUGUCCAAAUGCAAAACCUCGCCCCAUAUUGGUAUACUUUGAAACACCUCAACAGAGGGAUUUCAUAUUGAAAAAGUCUUAUAAACUUAAAGGAACAGGCAUUGGGGUAUCAACAGAUAUUCUAACUCAUGACAUCAGAGAAAGAAAAGACAGAGGCAUGCCAACCUCCCAAACCUAUGAGAGUAUGGACAUAAAGCUCUCCACUGUGGAGCCCAAACUCAAAAGGAGCAGUUGGCAGUCACCAGAUGAUAGUGAUAAAGAUCUGGAUUCUGAUCUUAAUAAAAACAGUUAUGCCAUGAUAUCAAAGUCAGAGUUUCAAACCAAAGCAAGUGGUCCAAAGUCCAAUUCAAAAUCUCAUAAUGUUAGAAGUAGGAAUAAGACUGCCGACAGCAGCAAAUUUUCUAAUAAAUCAGGCUAUGAUGAAGAAACCCCACAGUUCCCUGCGUCAGAGAACUUGGAGAAGGAAUCUAAGGCCUAUUAUGCUGACGUGGCUCCACUCUGGCACUCACAAAGUGAUUUUCUCACUCCCAAAUUGAGCCGUUCUGAAUCUGAUUUUUCCAAACUAUGUCAAUCCUAUUCAGAAGAUUUUUCAGAGAAUCAGUUUUUUACCAGGACAAAUGGAAGUUCUCUCUUAUCUUCUUCCGACAGAGAACUUUGGCAGAGGAGACAGGAUGGUACAUCCAAUUGGUAUAGUAGCUCCCAAGACCAGAACCUUAAUAGGAGUAUUCAAAAUGACCAAGGUCCCAAUGAAAUAGAGAACACUGAAACAGUGGACAGCGGUGUCAGCAAUGGAGUAGUGUGUGUCUCAGGAGACAGAAGCAAUUACAGUGAUUCUCAGCUCUCUUUAAGAGAUGAUCUCUCACCAUGGAAAGAUUGGAAUCAGUCAGAACAAGGUGCAGAUUUGGGCCUCGAUUCAUCCACACAGGAAGGUUUUGACUAUGACACCAACAGCCUAUCUGAUCCACAGUUGGAUGGUGACAACAAAGAUCUGGAUGACCUAGGAAAGUGCCACAGUGACCUUCCAGAUGACUCGGAGAGCUAUGAUUUUACCUUAGAUGACAAUUCUUCCCCAUGCCCAGGGUUGGAUAAUGAGACACAAGGUCAGUGGGUUGGUCCAUUUGAUACUUAUGAAGAAGCUAAUUCUAAUGAACUUUACCAAAAUCAAAAUCAACUACCAAUGCUGUAUCGGAGUCAGAGUGAAUUACCAAGUGAUGCUUCAGAGGAUGCUGCACCCAAGUCUUGGCAUAGCAGAUUGAGCAUAGACCUUUCUGAUAAGACAUUUAGUUUUCCAAAGUUUGGGUCUACCCUUCAACGAGCUAAAUCAGCUUUGGAAGUUGUAUGGAACAAAAGCACUCAGAGCCUAAGUGGUUAUGAGGACAGUGGGUCAUCCUUAAUGGGGCGAUUUAGAACUUUAUCCCAGUCUACAGCAAAUGAGUCAAGUACCACCCUUGAUUCUGAUGUCUACACUGAACCAUAUUACUAUAAGGCAGAGGACGAGGAAGACUACAGUGAACCUGGAGUUGAACAUGAAACAGAUUACGUAGAAGUGAUGGAGCAAGUUCUCGCCAAACUAGAGAAUAGAACUAGCAUUCCUGAAAUGGAUGAUAAUGUCCCAGAAUAUGAACACCUUUCAUAUGAAACACCUUAUGAAACACCACAAGAUGAGGGGUAUGAUGGGCAGGUAGAUGACAUCAUGAGUGAAGAGGGAUUGGAACCUUUAAAUGGAACAAUAACUGAAUUGGAAGUAAGGGAAGAUGAAAACCAGAAUGUCCCUGAAAAGCCUCCAGAAGUACCAAAACCCAAGAGAAUUCGUCCCUCUUUUAAAGAAGCUGCCUUAAGGGCAUAUAGGAAGCAAAUGGCAGAGCUGGAGGAGAAGAUUCUAGCUGGAGAUAGCAGUUCUGUGGAUGAAAAGGCUCGAAUAGUAAGUGGGAGUGGUCUGGAUGCUUCCCAAUUCAGUGCGCUCCAAGCAUUUGGGGUUGGGAAAGGACUGUAUGGUAUUGACAGCAUGCCUGACCUCCGCAGGAAAAAAACCUUGCCCAUUGUCCGAGAUGUGGCCAUGACAUUAGCUGCCCGAAAAUCUGGAAUCUCCUUGGCCAUGGUUAUUAGGACAUCUCUGAACAAUGAAGAAUUGAAAAUGCACGUCUUCAAAAAGACUCUACAGGCAUUGAUCUACCCAAUGUCAUCCACCACUCCUCAUAAUUUUGAGGUGUGGACAGCUACCACCCCAACUUACUGCUAUGAAUGUGAAGGUCUUCUGUGGGGGAUAGCAAGACAAGGCAUGAAGUGCAUGGAAUGUGGUGUCAAAUGUCACGAAAAAUGCCAGGACCUUCUUAAUGCUGACUGUUUGCAGAGAGCUGCAGAGAAGAGUUCUAAGCAUGGUGCGGAAGAUAAGACUCAGACCAUUAUUACAGCCAUGAAAGAACGGAUGAAGAUAAGAGAGAAAAAUAGACCAGAAGUGUUUGAAGUGAUUCAGGAAAUGUUCCAGGUUUCCAAAGAAGACUUUGUACAAUAUACAAAAGCUGCCAAACAGAGUGUGUUGGAUGGGACAUCUAAGUGGUCAGCAAAAAUAACCAUCACAGUGGUUUCUGCCCAAGGCUUACAGGCUAAGGACAAAACAGGAUCAAGUGAUCCAUAUGUUACAGUUCAAGUUGGGAAGAACAAGAGAAGAACCAAAACUAUUUUUGGAAACUUAAAUCCAGUCUGGGAUGAAAAAUUUUAUUUUGAAUGCCAUAAUUCUACUGACCGCAUCAAAGUCAGAGUGUGGGAUGAAGAUGAUGACAUUAAAUCAAGAGUCAAGCAACAUUUCAAAAAGGAAUCAGAUGAUUUUUUGGGACAGACAAUUGUUGAAGUAAGGACACUGAGUGGAGAAAUGGAUGUCUGGUACAAUCUAGAGAAACGGACAGAUAAAUCAGCUGUGUCUGGUGCCAUUAGAUUGAAAAUCAAUGUUGAAAUAAAAGGAGAAGAGAAGGUUGCACCAUAUCAUAUACAGUACACAUGUCUGCAUGAGAACCUGUUCCAUUACUUGACUGAAGUUAAAUUUAAUGGUGGAGUGAAAAUCCCAGAAGUCAAAGGAGAUGAAGCCUGGAAGGUUUUCUUUGAUGAUGCAUCCCAAGAAAUAGUAGAUGAAUUUGCAAUGCGUUAUGGAGUUGAGUCUAUUUAUCAAGCAAUGACGCACUUUUCAUGUCUGUCUUCCAAGUACAUGUGCCCUGGUGUCCCAGCAGUGAUGAGUACCCUAUUGGCAAACAUAAAUGCUUUUUAUGCCCACCCAACUGUCUCAACUAACGUGCAGGUGUCUGCCUCAGAUCGGUUUGCUGCUACCAACUUUGGUAGAGAAAAGUUCAUAAAACUACUGGAUCAGUUGCACAACUCUUUGAGGAUUGAUUUAUCAAAGUACAGGGACAACUUUCCUGCUAGCAAUUCAGAGAGACUUCAAGAUCUGAAAUCAACUGUUGACCUCCUAACAAGCAUCACCUUUUUUCGAAUGAAGGUUUUAGAACUCCAAAGUCCACCAAGAGCCAGCACUGUUGUGAAGGACUGUGUCAGGGCUUGUUUAGACUCCACAUACAAGUAUAUUUUUGACAACUGCCAUGAACUCUACACACAGCUAAUAGAUCCGAGUAAGAAACAGGACAUUCCUCGGGAAGAUCAGGGUCCAACCACCAAGAAUUUGGAUUUUUGGCCCCAGCUCAUCACUCUGAUGGUCACAAUUAUUGAUGAGGAUAAAACUGCAUACACUCCUGUCCUGAAUCAGUUUCCUCAAGAACUAAACAUGGGAAAAGUCAGUGCUGAGAUCAUGUGGACCCUCUUUGCACAGGAUAUUAAGUAUGCACUGGAAGAACAUGAAAAGCAGCGGUUAUGCAAGAGUACAGAUUAUAUGAAUUUGCAUUUCAAAGUUAAAUGGUUUUAUAAUGAAUACGUGCGAGAGCUCUCUGCCUUCAAGGAUGCUGUUCCUGAAUACUCUUUAUGGUUUGAGCCUUUUGUCAUUCAGUGGCUCGAUGAAAAUGAAGAUGUGUCAAUGGAGUUUCUUCAUGGUGCACUAGGAAGAGACAAAAAAGAUGGAUUCCAGCAGACUUCAGACCAUGCCCUCUUCUCCUGCUCUGUGGUAGAUGUCUUUGCACAGCUUAAUCAAAGCUUCGAGAUUAUCAAGAAAUUGGAGUGCCCUAAUCCUGAAGCAUUAUCCCAUUUAAUGAGAAGAUUUGCAAAGACCAUCAGUAAAGUUCUACUCCAGUAUGCUGCAAUUGUCUCUAAUGAUUUCAGUUCAUAUUGUGAUAAAGAAAAUGUGCCCUGUAUUUUGAUGAACAACAUUCAACAAUUGCGAGUCCAGCUAGAAAAAAUGUUUGAAUCCAUGGGAGGGAAAGAGAAGAAAGAAGGAGAAAGAUUCUCUUAUGAGCUAGAUCCUGAAGCCGGUAGUGCUCUCAAAGAACUUCAGGUAAAACUCAACGGGGUUCUGGAUGAACUCAGCGUAACCUACGGAGAAAGUUUCCAGCUCAUAAUUGAAGAGUGUGUGAAGCAAAUGAGUUUAGAAUUGAAUCAAAUGAAAGGAAAUGGAAAUGCCACCUCCAACAAGAACAAUGCAGCUAUGGAUGCAGAGAUUGUAUUAAGACCUCUUAUGGACUUCUUGGACAAAACUUUAAGCCUUUCUGCAAAAAUCUGUGAAAAGACAGUGCUGAAGCGGGUUUUGAAAGAGCUGUGGAAGCUUGUCCUCAACAAAAUAGAAAAGCAGAUUGUUCUUCCUCCUUUGACAGAUCAAACAGGACCUCAAAUAAUUUUCAGUGCAGCUAAGGAUCUUGGACAACUAUCUAAACUGAAGGAUCACAUGAUUCGAGAGGAAGCCAAGGGUCUGACCUUAAGACAAUGUGCUGUCAUGGAAGUCGUCUUGGCCACAAUCAAGCAAUACUUUCAUGCUGGAGGAAAUGGGCUGAAAAAGAACUUCUUGGAGAAGAGCCCCGAUCUUCAGUCUCUUAGAUAUGCUCUCAGUCUUUAUACCCAAACCACCGAUGCCCUGAUAAAGAAAUUCAUAGACACUCAAACCUCUCAGAAUCGCUCCCGGAAUGAUUCAGUGGGACAGAUAUCCGUUCAUGUGGAUAUCUCAACUAUUCCAGGAACUGGAGAGCACAAAGUGACUGUAAAAGUCAUUGCCAUCAAUGACCUACACUGGCAAACCACAGCAAUGUUUCGUCCCUUUGUGGAGGUUUUUAUCCUGGGACCCAACCUUGCUGACAAGAAAAGGAAACAAGGUACCAAGACCAAAAGCAACACCUGGUCGCCCAAGUACAAUGAAACUUUCCAGUUCAUCCUGAGUAAUGAAAACCGUCCAGGAGCCUAUGAGCUUCACCUCUCUGUUAAGGAUUACUGCUUUGCACGAGAAGAUCGAGUUAUAGGAAUGACAGUGAUUCAACUCCAAAAUAUAGUGGAGAAAGGGAGCUCUGGGGCAUGGUAUCCACUAUUGAAAAACAUCUUUAUGGAUGAAACUGGCUUGACAAUCCUUAGAAUACUUUCUCAAAGGACCAAUGAUGAUGUGGCUAAAGAAUUUGUAAGACUGAAAUCUGACACAAGAUCUGCAGAAGAGAUUGCCUGAAACCAAUGUUGCAAGGUAGCAUCUCCAAGAACCUAGAUAAGCUGUUGUUGUUUGACUAGUGCAUGUGUGUGAAAAUCAGUGGGAAUGCAUAAUCUACUGUGUUUGUGUUUAUCAGUACUCUGGUGUGUGAAAGACCUGUAUGACUUUUGAUGCCUAUUGGGAUUUGAAAAGUUAGUAGUUCCAUGAAGUGCCAAAAUGAAGAUUAAAGAUGCAUUAUCGAGAGUAUCUUUUCAGAUGUCAAUUUCAUUUCAUGACCAAACUUCCAUCUCCUCAACUCAUUCAUAGAUUAGUUGUCCUUUGAAUUUGUUUAUUAGUAGUUUUCCUUAAAUCACUGUUAUGUCUUUUAAUAAGUCAGCUGCCUAUCUGUGCAUUAGAAAGUAAUUCGUAUUCAUAACCUUUAUAUGUUACUUCACCAUCAUUUAGAUGUCUGACCAAUAACUUUUUCUACCAUAGCUAGAAAUGCAGUUACUUCUAGAAAGUGUUUGUAAUUUUAUAAUUACUGAUGUAAUGUGAUGAUUUUUGCAUACAAAUGAAAAUAGAAAUGGUGGGAAAUAUUUUAUGCUGACCACUUUCCAACCUUUCUGAACUAUCACUGUGAAGAAAUGCUAUUAAAGCAAUCUUAUACAAAGCAAUGUUCACUAGUUUGUUUUAAAAAAAAAGUUUGAUAUACUGAAAAAAAAACUUUUGUUCUUCAAAACUGCCACGGUCACAACACAUUUGUACAAGAAGGUAAGUUAAUGUAUUUGCUGUGCGGCAUAAUGCUUCUACCAAAUUAUUUUUUAGAAAGUGAUGUCGUCAGGGUAAAUUAUUUAGAAGUAGGAAGGCAAAUUUGUUUCUCAAAGUCAUCUAUUAUGUGUAAUGAUACUGUUAGUGUUUUCCUUCUGACAGUUACAAAGAUCACUUUACAUACUUAGCUGUAUAAUCAGUUAAGUGCUUUAUUUUUUCUUUAAAAAAUAUUCAGCACUUUGUACUGAAUGCAACAUGACUAUGUAUUGCGCUGAAGCAAAAAAAAAACUGUCUUCAUAUAUUCAGUGAAAAAAACAUAUAAUAAAGUCUGACGAAACUGCUUUCAGUUUUGUAAUUUAUGUUACCUGUGUGCCCACAAAGUACCAAGUAUAAUUAAUAUUGAACUUGAAAGAGAGAGAAGAUGGAAGUGCUUGUAAAAUAUUUUCUAUUAAAAAGCCAACUAGGCUGGAUUAUUGACUGAAUUAUACUUGGUCCAUAAUGAUCUUACCAAGUUGAUGUUUAUAUGUAAACUAUCAUAACAUACUCAUCUUUUACAUUCCUGUGGUCCCAUACUUUCCCAGGUGAAUGUCUACACUCAGGUAUACAAUGGUACUUUCCAAAUGUAGUGAAUGAAUCACUUGUAGUAGGCUAUCUACAUAAUGGAUUCAAUAGUACUGAUUCUCCAAACCUGACUCAGACUGGUGUUGCUGAUUGAUUAGAUCAGAUAUUUUAGGUAUGAUAGUUCUCACAAUUUUUCUGUUGCUCUCUAUACUGAAAAUAAUAUAACUAUACAAAAUAAUGGGAAAGAGAACCUCUGUGGCAUGGUAUCCUCUUUGGAAAACAAUGUUUUAUGCAUAAAACUGGCUUGACAAGCCUUAGAUUGUUUUCUUAAAGCAUCUUCAAUGUUGCAUCUUGUCAGGCAAUUGCUGGAUCAGUAAUUGCUUACAAUGCAUGACAUAACAGUAUUUUGGCACAUGCAUUAAUAAUAAAUACUUGUGUAUGGAAAAUUUAACAACCUUUUAUAGUAUUUCCUGCCUUCCUCUUUCACUGAUUGAGCAUCAGUUCCUUGUUUAGAAAUGAAAAACUCAGGUUCUUUUGACUCUAAGUACCAAUGAAAUACGUUUGUGAUGUUAAAAAAAAAUGUUACAUCUUGAGAACAUUUUUCUACAUAAUUGUAGUUACAGAAAUUACCGAAGACAAUAAGCAACAUAUUUUUUAAAUUGUUGUAUUGCUCAGAAUAUAUUCUGCACAGCAUAUAGUUGUUUGCCCAACUAAGGAAACCUGAUAUACAAAAAUGAGAUCUUGAAAAAAAUUAGGGGAUAAUUUUCACUCUACUUAGAUAUUUGCUAUAGGAUUUCCUAUAGAAAGAUCCCUUGGUAUAUUUAAGAGGCAAUGUGGUAUUGUAGUUAUAGUAUCAGACUUGGAGUCAGACAAUUAAUUAUGGUCUUUACUAGCUGUGUGAAGGCAUUAGUAAGAUGCCUCAACUCUCUGAGCCUCAAUUCUUUAUCUGUAAGAUGUAAGGCUUGUACUGACUACCUCACAGGAAAACGCUUUGUAAACCUUAAAGGGUUAUAGAAAUGUGAGUUAUUUAAAACGGUUCCAUUUCUAAAGCUUUGAUGUACACUUUUCAGAAAUACAUCCAUAAAUAUAAACGCAUUUAUGUGCCACUCAAUAAUAAAAGCAAAUCAGGCUUAAUUUUGUUUUCCUUUUUCUUUGAAUGGGGAGGACUCAGGGAGCAGACAUGCAUAUCUGUUCUGUAACUUAGAUUCCAAGAGGGUUAUCUAGGGCCAUUGCAAGUUUAAGUGACUUGGCCUAGGUCAUGUCUCACUGACCCCAGGGCCCGCUCUCCAUGUACUAUAGCAGGCUUCCUCUGAAGGCUUAAUUUUCAUUUGUGAUACUGAAACUAGGUUGAAGAAGAAUUCAGUACUUUUCUAUCACCUUGAAAGCAUAAUCUCAUACCAUCAGUGCUCCAUCACCAUUGUUUAGAAACCUGAGUUUCAAUCCUCAAUAACAUUACUUAAUUCUGUGACCAUAGGCAAGUCAUUUCACCUUUUCUGAACCUGCUUUUUCAUCUGUGUGAAGACUAGAGUAUGGGACUUGGACUAAAGAAGAGGAAGGUGGAAGGGAAAGGAAUAUUAAAUUAUAUAGUGCCUACUAUGUGCGGAGCACUGGGCUAAGUGCUUUAUAAAUAUUAUCUCCUUUGCUCCUCUAAACAACCCAGCAAGGUGGGAACUGUUCUCAUCCUCGUUUUACAGUUGAGGAAAACCAUUAACUAUAUGACCCUGAAUUGUAUGACUUCAUUGCUUUCAGCCAAACUAUCUAUUUGUUGUUCAGGAGUUUCAGUUGUGCAUACUGCAAUGGUUUGCCAUUCUCUGGUUCAUUUUACAGAUGAUGAACUAAGGCAAACAGGGUUAAGUGACUUGCCUAGGAUCACACAGCUGGUAAGUGUCUGAGGCUGGAUUUGAACUCAGGAAAGAUAAGUCUUCCUGACUCCAGGCCCAGCACUCUAUCCAUUGCACCACCCAGCUGCCUCUUCAUCCAUAACAUGGGGUUAAUCAUAGAACCCACUUCCCAAAUCCAUUGUGAGGAUCAAAUGAGAUAACAUGCAAGUACUUUGCAAAGCUUAAAGCACCAUAUAAAUGCUAGCUAUUAUUGUUAUUUCUUCAUAGAAUUGUAAGAAAGCAAUGGUAAAUGUUAAAACAUUGCAAAAAUUCAAUUUAACAAAUAUUUGUCAAGUGCCUCAAAGUACAAGGCACUGCACUUAAGUGUUAGAUGGGCAAUGGGGUAGAGAAGAAUGAGUGCUAGGCCUAGAGUCUGAGGACCUAGAUGCAAAACCUGACUCUGCUUCUUUCACUACUUGUGUUACCUUAUUCAAGUCAUUAAGCUCUCGGAGUUUCUCCCCACCUGAAUUCAUCCUCCAUUCUGUUGUCAAAUGGAUGUUCCCAAAGCCCAGGUCUGCUCCCUACCCAAUAGAAUCCAAUGGUUCCCUGUCAUCUCCAUGAUCAAAUACAAAUUCCUAUUGGCUGUUCAAAGUCCUUCAUGAUGUGGCCCUUUCCAGUUUUCUUACACCUUGUCCCCUUGUAUUUUGCAGUUCUGUUAUACCAGCCUCCUUCCUAUUUGUCAGACAAUGUAUCUCCCAACUCUGUGAAUUUUCACUGGCUCUCUUUCCCUCAUGCCUUGAAUUCUCUCCUUCCUCACCUCUGUCUCCUCACUUCCUUCAAAUAUCAGCUAAAAUCCUAUCUUCUGCAAGAUGCCUUUCCCUAGCCUCCUUGAAGUUAGUGCCUUCCCUCUGCUGUUUAUCUCUCAUUUUUCUUGUAUAUUGCAUGUUUGUACACAGUUGUUUGCAUGCUGUCUCCCUUUUAGACUGUGAACUCCUUAGGAGCAGACUGUCUUUUGCC